CACAAAGGGCGUACCUACCCAUUGGCCCCCCAACCACCACCACCCCUAUACCCCACGCCAUCAUCAGACGGUGACACAGAGCUUGGUAGCAGCAGAGGUACUCCUGCAAUCUGUCCCAGAGCUUUGAGGGCUCUGUGAGAUCACUCCGGCUUGCUUUCUCCCCCCACGCUUCACACAUCCUACCGCAUCUCACCAGAGGAUAGCAUCGGUGACCAAGAUCUCAUCUCUCCCUCAGCGGACUUGAGGCUGCCGUAAGCCCACUUUGGCACAGGAUGAAGAUCACAAAGACGCCAAAGAGGCUCGCAGAAGCAAGCCCCGAAGUCAAAAGCCUUCUGGACAAGGUGUCAGCGGUCAGCGACGAUGAGCUGCCCAUCGUGUUGGAUCAAGUGUCGGAGUGGUGCUGGCCUAGAGGUGACUUGCACUACUGGACAGGGGUACUCAACCGCUUUGAUGACAUCUUGGCAGCAACCUGCAAGGAGUAUGACCUCGCCAAGACUGUUCACGCAAAGGAGUUCACCACAGACCGCAAGAAGAUGCUAGUAUCCAUCUUGCGCUUCUCCCGGCUGCUCAUUGAAAACUGCACAAAUCGCAAGCUCUAUGAUUCUUAUGAUCAUCUCAACGAUCUACUGCUCUGUCGGGACAUCGACGUCCUUGAAGCGACAAUCCGUCUCAUACUUCGCCCCGCACAACAGUAUAGUAGUCAGUCUGUUGGCCGCUUAGGUCCUUCCAUAUCACAGUCCCGCCUCGCCACCCUGGCUCUCACUUGGUCUCCUAGGGAUCACGGGCUCGACAUGGUCUCGAUGGCUCGUCCAGAUGCCGCCAUCCCUGAAGAACUGUUGGGUGUAAGAUUCCAAUUCUACCGCCGCAACACGAGCAGCGGUGGGUCUCAGUCCGUUGGAGCAUCCGCUGCAGCUCCAGAGGCUGGCCCAUCUCGUUCUCAUGUUGUUGCGAACGGCGCAACUACCACUCCAGCUCGAUCUUCUUCUGCUGUUAGAAGAGAUCGCCCCACGCCAGCUGCGUCUGCUUCUGUCGCUUCUGGGCUGGUGGCGCCGAGUGGCGAGCAGUCUGCUUCCGCGCCUGAAGAAGGUCUCACCACCAUUACGAUCAAGAGCGUACCCGCUCUCAACAAGGACCCUUCCACGAUCUUGCGUGAGACUGUCGAAGAGUACAAGGUACCGCCUGAAGAUCACUUCGAGCUUUACCUGAAAAUCCGGUUGGCUGCAUCAAUGUCUGAUCCUCAGGAACGACAACGGCUCCUUGUCUGCCGCCUCUUGGCUGUGGCUUGCUAUUCUCACAUCACCCCAGAGCCUCUCGCCAAUGUGCAGCUCUUCCUCUACGAGCCUGACAUUGUACAGAAAGCGGCUGCAUUGGCAGAAGUGGAUAGUGGACUCGAUGAAGCAAUCAAGUCAGCAGCGCUGUACGCCCUAGAUGCCUUGGGCAGAUUCAAGUCAAAGCUCAGCGAGGUCUUGAGCUCUGUCAGUGCUUCGGUCAAUCACGGAACGCUCCUGCGUACUCUACAGACCAUCAUCGAACAACUUCAGCAGCCGGAUUGCCCUGCCUCCGAGCAUCUGAUUGAUAGUCUGUUUGGCCUGAUCGCCUUCAUCACAUCCACCACACCAGGUUGCAACAUGAUUGUGGGGGCAGGACUCAUUCCUCUCCUCGUGCAGCUGGUCAAUACCUGCCGAUCCGAUGUGUACAUGGCGCAGAGGACGGUUUCGCGGUCUAUUGGUCUCAUUGAUAGCGUAGUCUACAGCUUCCAACCAUCUUUCCAAUGGUUCGUGGAUGCACGAGGCUUGCCGACAUUCGUUGCUCGUGUUCAGCAUGAAGUAGAGAAUGACAUCAGGCACACCAAGGCCCGCACCAUGGAAGAUGGUCUAGGAGCCUUGUAUGGCAAAUUGUCUUUCGGCAGAGCCUCUUUACUGCGCAGCCUUUUGAAGACCCUGUCGCACAUGAUGACCUCUAGCGGCAACGCGGAUGGUCUGCGAGGACUGAUCGACUCUUCCCUCCUUGACUCGAUCAAGGUGAUCAUGGGCGAGAGGGAAAUUUUCGGACCCCAAAUCCUGGCGCUAGCCAUCAAUCUUGUUUCGGCAUUCAUCCACAACGAGCCGACCUCACUCGGUAUCAUACAAGAGCGCAAGAUCCCAGAGCUUUUCUUUGAUCUGGUCGAGCAGGAUAUCGAAGCUGUCUCGGACGUCAUGGGCGCGAUACCCAAUGCCAUUGGUGCUAUCUGCCUCAAUGAAGCCGGGCUUGCCCUCUUCAACACCCGCAAUAUCAUCACACCGAUGUUCGCAGUCUUCACCUCAGCUCGUCACCUCCGAGUACUGCUGGACCGUGAUAAUGCUGCUAUGUUUGGGUCAGCAAUGGAUGAGCUAAUUCGUCACCAGCCUUCACUCAAGCAACGAGUGUUGGAUGCCAUCCUCGGCGUGCUGGACAGGAUUCAAGAGCUAGGGCUGUCGUACACACCACCCCAAGAUGAUGCUGAUGAGCAUGACCGCUACAGCUUGCAGAUGGUCCCAGAACUCCUUCCUUUGCCUGCGUCAACGUCAUCGGCUGACAAUGUGGCAGCUGGUACUACGCGCUCGCUUGCCCUCGGAGACGUGGUUAUGGAUGAGUCAGACACUCUUCGCAGCAAAGAAGACGAUGUCAAGGGUAAUGAUGUGAUUGGCUUCAUGGACGUCACAGCUCGCUUCCUUGAUGGCUUCUUCCAAUCAGCCUCGCACUGCAAAGACUUCAUGAAGUCAGAAGGACCAGAAAAGCUGCUGAGAUUCGUCUCGUUGCCUUGCCUGCCUUACAACUUUCCUACGUCCAAUACCGCAGACUCGUUGGUUUCUCUGCUACGCUUCAUGACCGAGGUCAGCCCCAGCGCGGUCCUGGCUGCUGUUCUGAAGGAGCUGCAUCGAGGCCUGACCGAGACGCAAGACCUGUGGGAUCGUGAUCCAAAUGUCUCUUCUGUGGCGUCAAUGCUGGCUCCUUCCAAUGACGCCGCUCUCGCCGCCGCUAACGAGAAAUUCCGCAAGCUGAUCAGCCUCAACUCGCGAUUGCACCUUCUAUCCGAUGUGUUACCAAGCUAUGCCUUCACAGGACCCAAGACUCCUGGAGCCUUUCUUCAAGUUCUGCAGGCCGGCGUCUCUUCCCCUCAGCUUGGCCAGGCGACCCUCACUAGGCUGGGCGCCCUCCAUAGUAUCGUCACAUGGGAGAAUAUCCUGAUCAAAGCCACGGCGCCAAGUCUACCGAAGUCGCCACCUGCGGCCGACGCAACCGAGGGAGCUCUCGAGAAUGUUGACGCUUCACGGGCACCACAACCGGGUCUUCCUAGCAACCUACUCGAAGACAAUGCUGGGCUCGUAGAAGCCCGUGAAGCACCGGAACCCUCUUCUCCGACUACCAGGGAUCAACUAGCAAAGGACCCGAGGAUCAGGAACAGUACCGCUUUGAGAUAUGUUCUGUCCCAGUUGCCAGUGUCCCUGAGCUCCAUCUUCUCUGAAGCAACCCGAAUUCUCACCCCGAAGCGUUCGCCCGAUCCGGCUCAGCGUCGAACGGCUGCUCAGGUAGCCGAUUCCAUCGGCAAAUCACUUCGCGUGCAAUUGGUGCCGCCCGAGUCCAACAAUGAGUCCAACAAUCUCGCGUUCAUCACCAUGAUGAUCGGUCACCUCACCAACGUGCUCUACGAUGACCGCUCUGCGUCCGUCGUUGUUCACACGGGUGUGCUCCAUGCUUUCGAAAGAGCUGGUGGUGUCGAAGCUCUCCUGUCCCUCUAUCAACGCUACGUCGACCAAUUGGACGCACACUUCGCACAAGAGGAUGCUGGUGCAAAGGAUAGCAACGAAGCUAGUCUGCGACUUGGCCAUUUGUGUGGUGGGCUGAAGGUCAGUCUCAAUUUGCUUCAGAACCUCUCAGCUUCACGGCCACUGCAUGAUGCCCCCGCCACACAGCAAAUGACCGCCAAGGACAAUCCGUCAUCUGCUGACCAGUUUAAACCUCACGAAUUGCUGCUGCGUCUGCGAUCUGUGAUCUUACCUCCAGUACAAGCGACUUGGAACAAGGCUUGGCUAACACAGGUUCCACUGAGCGUCAACCGAUCAGUCAUGCAGACUCUGCUGCAUAUUCUGCAAGCCGAGGGUGAAGAUCCUCCAAAGCCCAAGGUGGAAGCUACGACAAGCCACGGACUUAGCAGUGCUGGGUCAACGCAAGCAAAUUUGGGUGGUUCUGCUAGCGCGCUCAGCAACUUUUUGGGCGGACUCGGAGGCGGACUAUCGGGAACACUCAUGCUCGGCGGAGGUCCGCCUGGAGCGAAUGGUUCUUCUCUGGCCCGCCGUCAGCCUGUUGUAGUUGCAGCAGACGAGAGUAGAAUUCAGCUACUCACUGAUAUGGGAUUCCCGCGCGGAGCAGCUCGACAUGCUCUCUCUCGAUAUGGUAACAAUGCGAACGCAGCUACUGAGUACCUGCUUGCCCACCCAGAGAUUGUUGGCUCCAUGGCGAAUGAGCCGGAGCCUGAACCGCCGGCUGCUCCGGCGGCCACCACCCCUGAGGUUGCACCCAGCGCAUCCAGCGGCGAGGCCCCUUCUGGCAAUAGUCGCAGCGUCGAUGACACUCCCAUGGCUUCCGUGGGCGGCAGUGGCAAUGUCGCCUCGCCUUCCCCCGCCGAUAGCGAUACGGCAAUGCGCGAAGCUCCUCCCGACGUCGAGACCGACAAGUCCGGCCCAAGCACUGAGGUUGGUCAAGACGAAAAUUCGUCCCUCACCUCCCUGCACGGCACGCUGAAGACCAAACUUGACGAAUUGCGCAAGCCACUGGCAGCCAACAUCACGAUACGCGGUUUGGAGCUGGCAGAUCACCAUGAAACUCUAGUCUUUGACGUGAAGGAUUCCAUUUGCAUCUUUGCGGACGACAAGGAGAAGACUAGCAAUACCCUGAAGACGCUCCUCGAGAAUAUACACUCGGUGCAGCCUACAGCCUUCGCCUCGACUGAGGUAGCUACUGCAACGCGACUACACCUGAUGGCGCUCAUCUUUAACGAGCAGAUCGUGCUGAAAUCGUUCAACGAGGAGCUGGCCCAAAUGGCUUGCAACGUCAUCGGUGCCUUGGCUGCAGGCUACGAGCAACGACCUGAGCAGAACAAACAUCCCAAGUGGCUGGCCAGUCUCUGCUUAGUAGCAUCUGCUGUGCUAGGCUCUGAAGAGGAGACCUUGGAGGGCCGCAAGCCCGACAAGGAUUCCGUUGAGACUACUGAGGAGCCUGUGAGGAAGCCCAGCCGUUUCGAGGCCGAGGCCCAUGCAUUCUAUGAGCUAUGCAUGCGCGUCCUUGCCAUGCCUGAGACGCUGGCCAAUGAGGAAAUGCUUUCGGUCUAUCGACUGCUGGUCCUACUCACUCGCAACCCCCAUAUUGCUGCUUCACUUGCAAAGAGAAGUGGCGUGCAGACGCUCUUAAGGCCAUUCUUGACGAGCCCAGCUGGUGUCAAGAACUGUCAGUCUUACCUCAUUAUUUGCCUUCGUCACGUGGUCGAAUCUCGAAGUCAGCUCAAGAUCGCAGUCCAGCAAGAAGUGCGUGCCUGGUUUGCUCAAGCAAGAACUCAAGUUGUCGAUGCCACCGCCAUGAUGCGAGGUCUGAGUCAAGCAGCAUUGCGAGACCCUCAGAUCUUCAUGGAAGUUGUCAAAGAGAACGUAGAGAUGGCGGACUUCGUCGUUGCCAAAGGCAGUGCAGCGCUCAAGCUCAUCUCAUUAGACGACACCCCAGCGGCCAAAGGAGGGAAAGACUCUGCCUCCGUCACCGACGCGGAUCAUGCUGGAGACAGAACGCUAGCGGAUGAAACUUUCGAUGCACCCGCGUCACCUACAAGAGGUCACGCCGAGCUGGACGCCCAGAUGGACGACCUGACAAAGAGCAUCAAGGACAAAGACGGCAAAAACAGUGCCGGGCAGCAACACACGAGCAGCGAUGCUGACGCUGUCAUACACUUCCUCCUGUCUGAGCUCCUGCGUACCUCACGUGAACGACUUGCUCUCUGGUCUCAGAAGAAAGCUCGCCAGAAUGUUGGUGGAAACGUGUCUCCCGCUGCAGCAAAUGAGAAGCCGCAGGACCACAGUGACAUGUCUUCCAACACGGCAGACGCAGCAAAUGGCACUGGCGACAAGCCCGCGGCUGCCACCACCGAUGCAACGCCGGAGAAGAGCACCGAGGAUCAAGAAUUGGAUUCUACCUACUUCUACCUCUGCUUCCUGAUGCAGUGCCUCACGGAGCUGACCUCCAGCUAUGUCGCAUGCAAGAGCUCGUUUAUCAAUUGCAGCAAGAAGCGACUUGCUGCUGUUGCCAGUGCUACCGGCAAAGAUCUGUCCAGCUCAGCUGGCUCUGUUCCUGCGACACCGAAAGUCAGAACUCUGCCCGGAGUCACUACUCUGUUCUUGCAUGAGUUAGUGCCGUCUGGCUUUGUCGAGCGCAUCGACGAUGUCGAAGAGAGCCGUCGAAGAGCGACGAUCUCCAAUUGGGCUAUGAGCAGCAUUGUUGCCCUCACAGCUGACGUCGGCUUUCACACUGCCAUCAAGGAAUUGUCCCCUAGUCUCAUCAGUGUGCGCAAGCAGAUUCUUGACGCCCUUGCCCGAGCACUCAAAGAUGCAGUGGCAUCGAAUGAGGUCAUCGAGGUGAGGUAUGGGCGUCUCUAUGCGCUCGCUGACCUUUGUCACCGCCUUCUCACGGCUCGCCCGAAUGGCAUUAUCGGAGGCGUCAAGCAAAGCGAGGAACUGACACUUCACAUUGCGAAGACCAUGCUGGAGAAGUAUUUCGUGCCUCUGCUUACCAGCGCUCUGGGCGACGUCGAUUUGAACAUGCCGACGGUGCAAUCCCUCCUGGACGCUAUUCUGCGCCCUCUGGAUCACCUCACCCGCAUCGCCAUUAGAGCGCAAUCCAAGAGUGAGCGGGUCGGUCGUGCCUUUGCCGAAGAAGAGGAAGAUGAGGAGUUCCUCGAUUCGAUGGACGAGGAGACUCUCGAAGAACGGGAAGAGACGCCCGACUUCUAUCGCAGCUCUGCUCUUGGCAUGCACACUGGCGAAAUGGGCACCACCCAGGACGACUCAAUGGACGAAGACGAUGAAGAGGAGAUGGAAGAUGAUGAGAUGGGUGAAAUGGACUACUCUGACUCCGAGGACAGGAGUGACCUCAGCGAUGAAAGCGAUGAGGACGAUACAGACGACGAAGAUGACAACAUGCACGAUGCCAUGGUUGAAGUCAUCGAUGAAGACAGAGCUACCUCAAGCGAGUCCGGAGAGGAUGACGAGCUCGAUGAACUAGAGGAUGAUGGGGAGGAUGAAGAUGAAGAGGACGGCUGGACUGACGAUGACUCGGCUGACGAUCAUUCUAGCGGAGAAUCUGAAGAGGACGCCCUCGACUUUGUCGUCGGUGGAGACGGCGCAGAGGGAAGUCAUCCACUCCAUGGACCCUACGAUGGUCUUGGCUGGGACGACCCGGAGGAGGGAGAUCUUCUCGAGCCCGUCGACGUUGGUGGUGAUGAGGACGAUGAAGACGAGAACGAGACAGAGGAUGGCAACAUGUUCGAAGAAGACAAUUACGAGGAGGACGAACUCGACUUACUUCAAGACGUCGGUACGACUGCUCGACACAUCCCCAGCCACGACAGGUUCGGUGCCAACUGGAGCUGGGCGAAUGUGGCGCCAGGCGGCGGUCGUGGUGGCGCUACCGGUCCAAUCGGCGCAGCUGCCCUGCCACCAACGUUCUUCCUGGGUCCCGUCGGUCCAGAAGGUGCUGGAACGGGCGCCGAUGAUGGCUUUGCCGGUAACCCUGCGGCGGGCAAUCGACGUCCUCGUCCACGAGCACCUCCUCUUGUCAACACUGAUCCUGCUUCCCAUCCCUUGCUCGAUGAUCAGCGCGAAAUUCUCAACCAGAGGCAAGCCUCGCGCCGUUCGCGUCGAGCAGGGCACUCUUCGGGCUACCAAGACUGGGCACAGAGUAUUGACGAGCUCAUUGGUGGCGGCGCUAUUGAGCUUUUCGAUGCCAUUUUCGGUCGCGGAGCUGGUGGCGGGGGCGCCUUGCCUGGACCAGGCGGUGCACACGGUGGAGAAGCAGAGAUCAGAAUCGAGAUGGCAACUGGUCAAGGCGCUCCGCACAUGCAGAUCACUGGCCCCUUCGGAGCGACUGACAAUCCUGCUCUCGCUGGCAUCGUGAACCGCCUUCCAGCAGGAGCGAAUGCACGCUUGCCAACGAGGCAUCACUUCAGACGUACGCUGACCGGCGUCCCUGAGCAGCGCCACAGCGAUCCGGUCGCGGCGGUCCAUUCCUUCAGGCCUGCAUCAACGAUGUCACGCUGGACUGACGAGGAGCGUAUCGUCUUUGGUGAGCUCGCUCCCGAGCAUUCCAGCCGUCUUCGCAACCACGUGGUCAACGCGCUCAUGCCCAAAUGGAAAGAGUCCUCGAGUGCCACGGCGAAGCAACAACAGCAAAAGGGGGAGCUUGCUGAGGUCACCAAUGAGCGAAAUCGAAUUCUGGAGGAGCUGAAUCAGAUUCGAGACAGAUUGGCCCGCAAUCGGACCGAAGUCACUGAUCUUCGCGAUGAAGUCGCUCGUCAACGAGGAAGCCAAGACGAUCAAGACGACCAGUCGCGUGCCACCGAAGCCUCAGCAUCUGCACCGCGAGCGACCUCGACCGCCACAGGACAAGAAGACGUUGAGAUGACCGAAUCUUCUCAGCAGCAACAGCCGACAGCACAAGCGCAAGCGCAGGCGGAAGGCAGCGAUGCCAAUUCGCAGCCCCAUCUGGAGCUUGCAUCUCUGCAGCAGGGUUUGCGAGACCUCGACUCAGCCAUUGCUCAGACAGGCGCAGAAUUCGAGAGGCCCGAAGCUGACUCAACGGAGCAGCCUGACCCUUCGGCUGCAGCGGCAGAAACGACUGAAUCAGCUGCGCCGGCCCGUGAGAUGUUCAGCAUCAAUGGCCGUGAGGUUGACAUUACUGAUCUGGGCAUUGAUCGAGAGGUACUGGACGCUCUGCCGGAGGAGAUGCAGGAGGAAGUCGUUUCGCAAGCUCUCCGUGAGCAUCGAGCGGCUACUGUUCCGGGUCAAGAAGAGACAAGCAUCAGUCCGGAGUUCCUCGACGCUCUGCCGCCGGAGCUUCGAGCUGAAGUGCUUGAGCAAGAGGCUGCGGAACGAGCACAGACUCGACGAGAACAGGCUGCAGCUCAGGCACGUUCAGCCACGGAUGCCGCUGCCGCCGGAGCUCCAGCUGCUACUACUUCCCGACAGCAACAAGAUGGAGCCAAUGCGGGCUCCGCUGAACAGCGUCCGCCCAGCGCAGGCUUGGCUGGAGGCUUGACUCUUGGUCGUCCAACCCCAAGAGGGGCAGAUGGGGAGGACUUUCCUGGCUGGCUCCGCACGCGCACAGCAGAAGACUUUUCUCGGCGCUUGGCGAGCAUGGCGCAGCAUCGACGACAAGCUGGUGGCGAAGCCGGGCAGAAUGCGGGAUCUGGCGCCGACAAGGGUCCUCCACGUGAUGCGAUUCAAUUGCUCGACAGCAAUGGAAUUGCAGCUCUGAUUCGACUCCUCUUCUUCCCAACCCUCAACGCCCGACAAUCCGGUCUUCACAAGGUCCUGGCAAAUCUGUCGCAGAACAGCAAGACUCGUACGGAGAUACUUUCGAUGCUUCUCCGCAUCUUGUCAGAAGGCUCGACCGAUGUGACUGCCGUAGACAGGUCUUACGCGAGCAUGAGUGCUCGUGCCCAGGGAAACACGCCUGGCAAGCCUCCUGUCAAGCGCUCGACGUCUAUGGGAGUUCUGCAGCUAUCUCAGGCUGGCGGGUCCAACACGGGCUCGGCAGUCGCACCUCUGUCCCGAGCGGGCGAAGAAGCCCCCUUCCUCAUCGCCUCUCGCAGCAUCGAGACGCUCUUGCACUUGACCAGCAGCAACGAUCAGGCAGCCCUGUACUUCCUCCGCGAAGACCCGCGUAUGAUCAAGAAGAACAAGGGCAAAGAGAAAGAGAAGGGGUCAGCACCGGUCAACAUUCUGCUUGGUCUUUUGGAGAAGCCUUCUAUCCUCGGCAAUGCUCAAGUCGUCGACUCGCUCAUCGCGCUGCUGAACACGGUCACCAAGCCUAUCCCAGGUCUGGCCGCUCAGGCCGAGAAGGACAAGAAGGCUGAGGAAGAGGCGGCGGCAGCCGAAGCAGCCAAGAAAGGCAGCGAAGAAGCCGGGCCUGAAGUACCCGGGCCGUCAACGACUACCGAAGCGCCCGCCGUGCCCACAGCUUCUGUGGAUAGCAAAGCUCCAGAGCAAGACGCAAAGGAGGACAAGGAUAAGGAUGCAACUGCUCUUGUUGCGACCAAGCCACCUCAGGUUGCAAAGGAGCGACUGGCUGCUGUCGUGCGCCCAUUGGCGACUGCCAUAUCCAGCAAAGGUUUCCAGCACACUCUCGCAGUCGCCUCUCACCUGGCAAGCAUCGACAGUGACUCCCGCCAGGCCGUCACCGAGGCGCUGCAAAGGGAAGCUACUGCAGCCACUGCUGUCCUGAGCGAGAACCUGGAUAUGCUCCUAGCCACUCUCCCGCCCAAGAAGACGGCAGAGGAGGAAGAAGCCGACGAGAAGGCCGCACAGCAACAACAGCAGCAGCGUGCCAGUGGAGAUGUGGACGUCGAUGGUGGGCAAUCGGAGAGUCAGCCGCGGGUGGACCGAAAGAGGAUCACCAGCUCGGCUUUGCCCUUGCUGGCUAGCCCUGCUAGUGCGCAGGCGAGGCUCUUGAGGUCCUUGCGAGCCAUUGAGUGGUUGCACGGAGGUCGAUGAUUCGAAGAGGUCAAGCAUUCAGGGGAGGCGGUCAUGUCGAAUCUUCGGUCUCGAAAGUCGUGGGAAGGUAGAGGUGAUGAGGGCAACCGCAGUGGGCGGACGAGAAAAGCAAGCAAUCAACUAAUUACAACUCUGUAGAUCGCCUUCUUCAGUCUUCCUUUUUCAAUAUCAAUAUCACACAGCACAAAACGAGU